GGCGGAGGGCUGUGCUUCAGCGUUCGCGUUACCGCUCUACGAUUGGUCGCUCCAUUCCGGCGAGCGGUAUCACGUGACCAGGCCGACGCCACAUUAAAGGACGACUUCCACCUCGAUGCCGAGGUGGACUCCCAGCCACCCCCUCCCGGAACGGGGAAAGAGACAGCAGUAACAACAGGGACACCGGGAAUACCGGAGAGGCGAAAAAGAUCGUGGAAAUUUCGGUCCCUCGCGACUGGUGAGACGACCGUCUCUUUCUACGACGGGGCGUCCUUCGCUUCUCCUACGGAGCGCCUACCUACGCUCGGCAAGUACCUCCACCACGGACCUCUCGGACCUCCACCUCUCUCAGCCUCUAUCACUACCACCUCUCUCACUCCCGCGUCACUUAGUGAGUACGCUGCCGAUCGGUGACUGCUUGGCGUACUCUAGUCCGCUUGCCUGCGUUUGCCUGGCCGAUCGGGUACACGGUAACGGCAUCGUAUCGUGGCGCGGUAUCGUGCGAUUCGGCACGGCAUUCUCCAUAGAUCGGUCGGAACUAUCGAUCAAACCGCCUCGUGACAGUACGUGUGACAGUAGUGAUCUGGUGCUUGGUUGUUCCCGCAUUGAGAUCGUGGAGAUCUACGAACUGGAUUUGUUCUUCGAGCGACGUCAACCGCGAGUACGCAGUGUUAUGUCUGUGGCGUGGUCCGAAGAUUCGCUUCCUGUUUCCAUCAGAUUUCUACGUUGCAAGACGAGUUAUUCUGGUUAAUUUGUAGAAGGAAAUAAGCGCAAGCAACUUAUGAUGACAUAUUAUAGUGAGUACCAUCAUAGUGAAUAGUGUUUACACGGUAAACAAUUGCAGUUAGUUAAUGGAAGAUCGAUAUGUUGCCUUAGCACGACAAAUGUUUGAACGUGACUUAAGUAUGUAAUGUGUUUAAUUAGGAGAAAGCGAUACUGAUAGGUAUCGCAUAAAAAAGAAAAGUGAUCGAUUUUGUGUCGUUAACAUAAAAGGUUAUUAGUGAGUAAUGUCGCAUUGUACUAUUGACGAUAUAGAAAAGAGAAAGUAGAUAAAGAAAGCAGAUAAAAAAAGUAGAUAAGAAAAAUAAAGGGAAUCUAGGCGAAUGCUUUUCAUGUUUUUCAUGCUUUUUCGAAAGCGAAUUCUGACUCAAGCUUUUUCUAGUUUAUAACACAUAGCGAUAUAAUCUGAUAAUUGGAAGGUAUACUAAAAGCAUGUUGCUAUCGACAUUCAUCGAGUGAAUUUCAUAGUGUUCUUCGAGAAAUACGAGCUGCACAUAGUUCACUAAAGAAACAUCAUUUUGUAUAUUAUUAUUAUUACAUUUAGCGUCAAGAAGCAAAAGCAAACUGCGAGUGCAAGUUGAUGCGUGUUAUCCCAUGCGCGGUAAGCAACAAACGUUAGUAUAUCCCGAAGAGGACUCGUAUCAGUCGCAGUUGUCCACUGUGAGCAAUCUGCAUCUCGGCGGCAGUCAUCUUCAGGAUUUGGUCCACGCGAGCAAAGAACUAUCGACCUUGAAGACGAGGCCGACGACACCCGUCCUGGCGAACGACGGAGGGGGCGGCUUCUGGCUGGCCACGGUGGCCACGGGGGCAAAUACCCCAGCCGGGCUGCCCCCGCACGGAACCCACCAUCCAGCCAUGGACCCAACAUGCAGAUCCACCGAAACCGGCUUUAUCAAUAGUCAGCCCUCCAUGGCUGAAUUCAUGACGGCAUUACCGCAAUUAGCUGGGGACAGCAGUUUGCAACACUCGCCGGGGACCGGCGGGUCUAUCAGUCCUGGUGCUCAUCAUCCAGCAUACCACACGAUGAUGGAUCCCCACGGCGUCGCUGAUCCCUCGGGUGUCAAUGUUCCUGAAUAUCCUUGGAUGAAGGAGAAGAAAACUACUAGGAAAAGUAACCAGCAAGAAAAUGGUCUACCAAGAAGAUUGCGGACAGCCUACACAAAUACACAACUUCUUGAAUUGGAAAAAGAGUUUCAUUUCAAUAAAUAUCUCUGUCGACCACGAAGGAUAGAGAUUGCUGCUUCGUUAGAUCUAACAGAGAGACAGGUAAAAGUUUGGUUUCAAAACCGGCGGAUGAAACACAAACGACAGACACUCAGUAAAGAGGACGGCGAUGAGAAGGACGGCUCUACUUCGGACGGCAUGGAAAAGUCUAAAGGCGACAACAUGCUGUCCGCUGAUGACGAAAAGAAAAGCUGCCAUAACUGUGAUAUUUCCGGCGUGGGCGACGUCGGAAGCACCCUCACUGGUGACGUUACCGAUUUGGGUUCCUCCGGCCGGAGAAGCAGCAACAAUAAUAACACACCUGGUACAACUAACAAUAACAACAACAACAAUAAUAAUAACAGCAAUUCCGGCUUUAAUACGAACAGCAACGGCGCCAGCAGCGUUGGCAGCACGAAUAGUGUAUCCAGUUCCUUUGAGAAAAUGAUAGUGGACGACGACUCGAGGUCGCAAGAUGGUAGCGAAGUGACGUCGCCAAGCGUAACGAAAAAAUUGUCGGGUGAGGUAAGAAUAAAGGUCGAGAGCGGCCACAAGAGCCCGAAUACUGCGAAGCAGCAACAGCAGAUCACAGUAAGCAAGAAAUCACCAUCAACUAGCACGAAGGAUAUGUGUUCGGUGAGCAGCAACGGCGUGUUGUUGGCCAUGCCGGAUUCGACGGUCAGCACGCCAGUUUUGCCCGGUCAGAAUUCCACGAGGAGUCUAACACCAUCUUCCACGCCAGGUACUCCCGUUUCCGUCCAACUUCAACAAGGUAGCCCACUUGGCAUUCAACAGGCAACUCACACGCCAUAUAUGCAGAGACCGCGAAGCUCGCCAUCUUCGACGACUUCGCUGUCGGGACCGAUGUUGCACGCGUCUGCGAAUCCGGGCACGAUGUCGCCCCACGGUAGCCGAAGUAUCCCAAAUAAUCAGCAAGCGCACUUUCAGCAACAGGGCGUGUAUCAGCCUGCAUCGACCAUUGAUUAUCGAAACGGAGUACCCACCAAUCGACAGAGCAUACCUACCGCUACGCAGCAAACUCAACAACAAUCGCAACAGAACAGUUAUUGCUCCAGAGACACGUAUCAGCAACCAAGGAUCUCUUACCCAGGUGAAGUGAAUUCCCUAUAUGUCAGACAAAAUCAGACAGUAGGGUCGAGAAUGGCGCAUCAUGUGAGAGCGACAGGCACGACUUCUAGAUCCAUGUAUAACACAAAUAUGCAGUUCCACCAGCAGCAAUUACAAUAUGGCAGCACUGGCGAGUAUAACGGGUAUCCUCAGGCCGGACCUUAUCACGGCUAUCAUAGAAGUAUGCAAAGCACCAAUGCUUAUAACUCCGGUCAAGGAUACUCGGCGACACCGAGCGAGCAAGCUACCGACAGCUACAUGACAUCCGGAAAUUAUGGUUACUCAGCCGGCAGCAAUUAUCAUGGGGCCAGCGAAGGUCUGACGACGCACGGACACGCCGCCGUGUCCGUGCAAACCGCCGGACAGCACUACUUCAACGACAUUCAGCAACAGCAGCAACACCCGCAACAACAUACCGCCGAGGGCUAUGUUACCCAUCAACCGCCGAUGCAUCCUAGUUCCGGCGAGUAUCGGUCGGGUAACAAGUGUCACCCGGGCGCGUAUUACGAGCAGGCCAGUCAGCUGCAUGUUCAUCAAGGCGGAGAAGCAUCCAGUAUCCCAAACAGUUACGUUUCGUCGCCCGACCCGUUCCCGGCGCCCGGCAUGACGACAACCGCGACGGCGAUCGCAGCUGCCACCGCGGCAGUAAUCACGCCACCCGGAAGUGCCAGCCAGGCCGAUAGUAACAACGAGUCCUACGGCAAUUACGGAAAUUUCUAUGGGGAACCGGUACACACCGCCGCCGCCGCCGCUGCGGCACCGCCACCAUCCGCCGACAACAGCAACAGUUCAUCCGAUUUCAACUUCCUUAGCAAUCUAGCGAACGACUUCGCGCCCGAGUACUAUCAGCUCAGUUGAGUCCACGCAGAGACUGAGAAUCCUUGCCAGCUGGACUGGAGCGACGAGCAAUGCCUGCUCAACGCUUUGUAUUAAAUCCGCGCAUCGUGAUGUGUACAUACUUAGCACUCGUGAUUUAGAAUUACGUGUAAAUAGGAAUCAUAUAAAGAUGAGACUGAGACUUGGAUCAGGAAUACUCUCGGAUUACACUGACAGUGUACUACUAUAAUAAUCUUAUUGUCCGAUUCUAUCGAAUGUUCCGCAGUUUGAAAUAAUUUCUUCCCGCGAAUUGCGUGGAAAUUAUUUUUGAGACUGUUUGAAUUAAAUAACAUAAGAUGUGAGGACUGACUUAAAAUAAUUGUAUAUAAUAAAACAUGAACUGUUUGAGCUUCAACGACUACAAGCAUAUCUUCAGUAAUCCGGAUUACCGGAAAAGUCGUGGACUAUUCUGGGUUGCAAGGACAACCCAGAUUGUGAUUAGUCGACGUCUGUUAUGUUCGAGUAAUAUCACUUUUCCUAUCUCACCGAACACAGGAUGUGAAUCUGUAAAUUUGCAUUCCAUAUGUUAAAGGAUAUUUCGAGGAUAUGAAACAGUGACAACGAGUGUAAUGGUUGUGUUAAGUUUAAAUUGAAGCAAUGAUAAACAGAGUUUUCUAUCCUCAGAAUUUUUCGAACUGUGUUUUAAAGUCAAAAGUGGAUCCAUUUCAUCGCAUUUCAAUGUGAAAUUUCAAUGUGCAUAACACGAAAGCUGAAAAAGUGAUCUUAUAAGUGAUAUUAGAUUGAUAUACACGAACUGUGGUCAACGAAUACAUGAAGAACGUUGUAAAUAUAUCAAAAGCUCACUGUUGUGAAAUGAAAAUUCGAUGAAAUUUCAAUUCAACAAUCCGAUUCUCGUAAAUGGAAACACGAAGUGUAAGUGCAAUCUUCUUAGCGUGAACGGUUUCUAUAUUAACGUAUCAUCAGUCUGUCUGAUAUUAGACUAUAUAAAUCACCGAAGUUAUGUUUUUUUUAUUUCCAACAUAAUUUCAGUCAUUGGCACGGAAUAUGCUUAGUUAAAAUAUUUAGUUGAAGUAUUUUAAUUUAAAAAAAAAACAAAUAUUUGCAAGAGGAAAUUGUUGAAUUGUACGCAAAUUUUAAUUUCCAUGUGAUAAAAUAUGGUUUUAUUUUAUUUAAAACAGUAAAACGAAACGCGAGACUGUAGAUGCAUGAGCAAUAAUUAACAAUAAAUUUGUGUACAUAUAUAUCAUAAGAAAGAUAGUUUAAUAGAACACAAAUGAAUAAGAACAUCGCAUUUAUAUACAGUCACGAUUACUAUGUCGAGUAUACAACUUCUGAAGAAUGGAAUAGGUACAAUCCAUUAGUUUUAAUUAAUUAAAUAAAUAGGAAAUAGAUGUCUAUCAUGAAAAUAGAUGUCUACCUCUCUCUCAUAAAAAUUGUCCUUCCCCGUUGAAUGUGGAGACUAGUUAAAAUCAAUUAUUUGAUCACUAUUGCAAGAAAAGACAAAUGCACUUGUAAAAAUGUUAUCUGCACUAUUCGUUUUGUGAAAAAAUGAAAGAAACUUUAAAAUUAAUUGGAAUUAAUAUGUUAUUCUAUGUCGUGGAUAAUGGCACUUAAUAAUGUUGGAUAUUGUUGAGCAAUACAUUGAAUAAUAAUACGCAUCUUCUGAUCAUAAGAUAUAUUAAUUAUAUCUAAUAUUUAUUGAAUGUUGGGUGCAUUAUCAUUUUUUCACAAACCGUAAAUUUUUUUCUAACUUCUAAGAGCGCUAUCUUAAGCGAACCAAAUAAAUUAUUGUCAUACAUCGUAGGUAAUGUUAAAAUAACCGUAAAUAGAGACAUAAUUUUAAUUUUCACCUCACAGCAACAUAUUUAAUACGCAAUUCUUUUUGUAUAAAAGAAAACACACAUUAGGCGCCGUAUCUCGUUGUUCGUAUAAAGAUUCUCAUGUACAUAAUGCGCGUACAAUAACCGUAUAUUGUUUAUUCAUUCUAACUAUGCUAACUGUGUUGCAAGUGGGCCCUUGACACGGUAACGACGUUAUCACACAUUGUACAUUCAUUCACCGGUACAUUUGACAAAUACAGGUCAUAGUGAAAAGUAA